UGCCAGAUGUGUUUAGUGAAUGUCCAGACCCCGCUAAGUUCCGUAUAUCAUGUGAGCAUGGGGUUAUUAACCUUUUGACCCUCCACUACACCGGGACUCAAAUAUUGACAUUUUAACAGUAUUCAUCUGUUAGAUCUAACGUACAGUUUGACAGGAUAACCUUGUCAAGGUCAAGGUAGAUUUAUUUCUACAGCACAUUUCUAAAACUCCCCCAAAGUGCUGUACAGAUUAAAACAGAAAGGUAAAAUAAUACAAAUAAUAAUAAUCAAAAUCACAAUAAGCAAAAAACAUGCUAUAUAUAAAACAGUUAAUAUGCAUAAAAAUAGUAGGAAAAACAAAUGUUAAAAGAUUAAAAAAAACAAAAAAAAUCACAAUACGAAACAUUCUACAUAUAAAACAAAGUUAAAAUGCAUAAAAAUAGUGCCAAAAAAAGGUAAAAGAUUAAAAAAACUAAAAAAUCACAAUUAAAAACUAAACAUUUUACAUAUAAAACAGUGAAAAUGCUUAAAAAUCGUGCAAAAAAUUACAUAACGUAAAAGAUUAAAAAUAAUAAAAAAUUUCAGUAAAUACAAAACAUUCUACAUUACAAAACAUAUAAAAUGUAUAAAAAUUGUGCUAAAAAGACAAAAGGUAAAAGAUUAAAAAUUGCAAAAUAAAUACAAACAUUCUAUAUGCAAAACACAUAAAAUGCAUUAAAAUAGUGCAAAAAAACCCCAAAAGGUAAAAGAUUAAAAAUAAUAAAAAUAACAAUAAAUACAAAACAUACAUAUAAAAUAGUUAACAUGCUUAAAAAUGGUGCAAAAAAACGGAAAUUAAAAGAUAAAAAAUAAUAAAAAUCACAAUAAAUACAAAACAUACAUAUAUAAAAGAGUUAAAAUGCAUAAAAAUACUGCAAAAAAGACAAAAGGUAAAAGAUACAAAAUUAAACAAAUAAUAUUAAACAUUAUACAUAUAAAACAGUUGAAAUGCAUAAAUAUAGUGCAAAAUAAAAGGGGGAGAGAAAAAAAUAGAAGAUUAAAAUAAAAUAAAAAAAUCGGUUUUAGCCUGGGCCCUGGAGAGGGGGUGCAGACUGAGGCCAAGGGAAAAAAACAACUCAUAGCCAUAGUACACAUCCCUCUUACAUGUGUGUAAGAGGAAAACAUCAAAGAACACAGAGGACAUUAAAGCAUCAGAUACAACCAGACACUUCUACAUACAGCUAUGAAUAAAAGGUAAAAGAAACAUAUCCAUUGUGGUGGCCUCUGUGGUGUUUCACGCCAUCGUCCGCUGGUGGAGGGAACAUGGCCAGAGACAGGAGCAGACCCAACAAAGCAACCAGGACAGCCGACUCCACUCUCGGUCAGUGUUCAGUCUGCAUGGAUGAGCGAGGACACGUCCAAGGUGACUGAGGUGUCCGACACCUGCUCACCCAGCCAAGACACCUCUCCGUCCCAGCGCUCAGUGCUAACUCCGCAGCCCUGUCCCCUCAUCCGCAUCUCCUCCAGUCCCUCCAAACCGACUCCGGUGUGGCAGACACCCAGCAGCUGGUCUAAAUGGCCAAAAGGCUCCCGGGAGGUAGACCCAGAAGUCCACAAAAAAGCACCACAGAGGUCACGAAAGUGCCACCCCUUGUCACACAGUCCCAAAGUGUCCCGGACCAAAAGGCAAAAAAAUAUAAUACAUGAAAACAAGAGGGAAGCACUAAAGGUUGACACAAGAGCACAGAGUUCCUGCCAACAGCAGCCACUACAGCAGCGCCAUCUUGGGGGAAAAAAAAUUUGACUAUUCAUUUAUUUCAUCCAUUCAUUUACACCGAUAACCCAGUUUAUUUGAUUGCUUCAAAUCAAACAUCAAUAAAUCACAAGGAAAGAGGAUUGAGUUGUCCCUUUGUGUCCUUGAGUCCCACUGGCCCUUUCAAGUUUGGGCACAGCUGUGAACAAACCUGAAGAACUUGACACGCAUCUUAAAGCACUCAAAGGAAAGGAAUUCUGCCUGGACCAUAUUUCGAUACCUUUUGUCACCUUCAGUUGCCCACUUAAUCACUCGGCGGGCAGGUAACGUUACAAAUAUCCAUGUUAACAAAGCAAGCAUGCCUGGUAGAAAGCACUCAAACGUGGGGCUCCAACUUUCAAAAUGCUAUUUUGCAUUAAAUAUGCCAUAUACAUGCUACUGAUUAGCAUUAGCAAUUUUACAUGGCAUGUUGCAGUUUGUUAAUGAAAACUACAACUUCGAUUUUUGAGUAGCAGUACUGGUUACCAGGUACCCAACGGGUUGAAAUGUAAAAGGUGACACGUUUUGUUACACGUUUGAUGUUUCCUGUGCUGCUUAUCAAAAGCAAACAUGUCGUGGAAGAAGAAGAAGAUAAGGUUCGUUGUGUCCUUGUUUGUCCUGGGCGGGGGACAUCGUCCUUUGCUCCACCAAGGACCAGAAACAAGAUUCUUGAUCAUGGUUUUUACUGUCGGAGUGCCGCUCCUCUGCGUGGUCAAAGGUGAAUGUGCGUGCUGCACCUCCAAAGUCAACAUGGCGCCCCUCCCUGCUGGCCACUAUAAAGGAAGCCCCCCUGCUAGUGCGCCUCACCCAGACCACGCCAUGGCUUUUGUCGCUCCUCCGGGGUACCAGCCCGUCUACGGCCCUACCAUCCCCUACAUGGGGCCUAUCUAUGGAGGUCUGAGGGAAGGAGCGUCCAUCUACAUCCACGGCUCUGUGCCGGACAACAUCACCAGGUUCUUCAUCAACCUGCUGUGUGGUCAAUCUGAGUCCAGUGACAUCGCCCUCCACUUCAACCCUCGCUUUGACGGCAGGGACAAGGUGGUCUUCAACACGCGGCAGGGGGCGUCCUGGGACCAGGAGGAGAAGGUCCGGGACAUGCCCUUCAGCAAGGGGGAUGCCUUUGAGAUGGUCAUCGUCUGCUCCUCACAAGGCUACCAGGUCAAGGUGAACGGCAAAGACUUCCACACUUUCCAACACCGCCUGCCUUGGGCUCGAGUGUGCGGCCUGCAGAUUGGAGGAGACGUGUCCAUCCAGACCAUCAACAUCUUGGGGGGCGGAGGCAUGGGCGGAGGCAUGGGCGGAUGUCACCCAGGAGGAGGCCCAGCGGGAGGAUACCCGGGUGGAGGCAUGGACUGUGGAGGGGGUUAUCCAGCAGACUGUGGGGGGCAGGAGGGAUAUCCUGGAGGAACUAUGGGAGGAUUCCCAGGAUCCAACUUGCCCAGUAUGGGAGGCCAGCCCGUCUUCAACCCAACCAUUCCUUACUCCAGCCUGAUCCCAGGAGGAAUGUUCUCCAAGAGGACGCUGGUCAUCAGAGGCAUGGUGCCCUACAAGGCUAAAAGGAUCAGCAUCAACCUGAGGGCGAGCAGGACACGAGACAUCGCCCUGCACGUGAACCCCCGGUUGGAGGAGGGCGUGGUGGUCAGGAACAGUUUGAUCGGUGGUCACUGGGGUCCUGAGGAGCGCCAGCUGGGCGGCAACAACAAUCCCUUCAAGGAGGGACAGCCCUUUGACGUGUCCAUCCGCUGUGGCAGAGACCGCUUCAAAGUCUUCGUCAACGGCCAGCCGCUUUUUGACUUCACACACCGCCUGCAGGAUGUGGGAGACAUCGACACACUGGAAGUGGACGGCGACGUGCAGAUCUCAUACAUCCAAUUCUGAAGCAUGUCACACACACACACACACACUUUCGCCAUGGAAACCAGACAGCUUUGUAGAAAAGGCCAAGUUUAUAAGAAGUGACACAAUAAAGGCGAAGGCACUUCAGUCCACAUUCAACAUGAAGCUCACUUCUUCUCACCAGACCACAAUAUUUACAGUCAAUAAGUGCCUUGUUGACAACUUCCUGUCUUCUUUUCCAAGGAGCAGGAAGCUCUCCAACUCGGGGUGUGACAGUACGACGACUCCUCCUAGAACAGUGGUUCUUAACCUGGGUUCGAUCGAACCCUAAGGGUUCGGUGAGUCGGGCUCAAGGGUUCGGCGGAGGUCAAGACACACCAGACUCAUCGUGUAACAAAAAACUUCUCCCUAUCGGCGUAUUACGGAUACGGCAACAGCAGAAGUCACACUGAUUUGCAGGUGUGUCAUUUGUUGUGAGUUUAUGCACUGUGUUGGUUUUGUUGUUUGAACAAGGUGAUGUUCAUGCACGGUUCUUUUUGUGCACCAGUACAAAAACAUGGUAACACUUUAGUAUGGGGAACAUAUUCACUAUUAAUUAGUUGCUUAUUAACAUGCACAUAAGUAACAUAUUGGCUCUUAACUAGUCAUUAUUACGUACUUAUUAAUGCCUUAUUCGACAUGGCCUCAUUAUAACCCUAACCCUCUAAACCAGGGGUCGGGAACCUUUUUUGGCUGAGAGAGCCAUGAAAGCCAAAUAUUUCAAAAUGUAUUUCCGUGAGAGCCAUAUCAUAUUUUUUAACACUGAAUACAACUAAAUGCGUGCAUUUUUAAGCAAAACCAACAUUUUUAGAGUAUAAUAAGUCUCUUAUUCUUUUUAAUAACAUUGUUAUUCUAAAAUCUAAAGUUAACCAAUAAUAAAUAUAAUACUUCUGGCUAUUAAUGCAACAUCUUGAACAGGUGCGACAGAAAACAAAUGGUUGGAUUAAAAUGCAUGAGAAUGUUUUAUAAUUUGAACAUUAUUUUCAACACUGUGAUUACCAGCGGAAUUAUUCAUUACUUAUCGUGUUAAGCAAUGUCAGCUAAGAUUUAUCCGAGAGCCAGAUGCAGUCAUCAAAAGAGCCACAUUUGGCUCUAGAGCAAUAGGUUCCCUACCCCUGAUCCAACCCAUGGGUGUAAAACUCUCGUGUAAUUUCAUUUGGCCCUUGAGGCAAUAUCAAUUUAGCAUUAGAGCUGGCCCGCCGCUGUUAUACAGCGUCGGUGCCGCUGUAACACCACAUUCACCGCUAAUACUCAUACUCGUCAACCCUCCCAAUUUUCCCGGAAGACUCCCGAAGUUCAGUGCCCCUCCCGAUUUCCACCUGGACAAUAAUAUUGUUACAAAUAUGCGCCACACUGUGAACCCACAGCAAACAAGAAUGACAUACACAUUUUGGGAGAACAUCCGCACCGUAACACAACAUAAACACAAUCGGACAAAUACCCAGAACCCCUUGCAUCACUAACUCUUCCGGGACGCUACAAUAUACACCCCUGCUACCACCAAACCCGCCGCCGAAAAAAGGCAUUAAAUUUGUGUAUUUAUUUAAUUUGAUAUGCUAUUGAUAUUUUCGAAUUAUUAUUAUUUGAAACUGGAUUUUGCAUGUCACUAUAAAGUUAUAUAAGCCUUGCUUGUUCAAUAUUCAAUGCAAAACUUGUUUGGACCCCUAUUAAAGGGUUCAUUUGUUCAACCUUGGCCCGCGGCUUUGUUUACUUUUAAAUUUGGGCCCACUCUGUAUUUGAGUCUGACACCCCUGCUCUAACCCUAACCAAAUAACUCAAAAUUAAGUCUUUGUUACUGCGAAUAUGUUCCCCUUGUGUCCAAAAAACUCCAACUCAAGUCUUUGUUACUUAGAAUAUGUUCCCCAUACUAAAGUGUUACCAAAAACAUCUAACUUUGACUUGAAUUGGAAAAAAAACACAUUUUAUUUUUCACUAAAGAAGAGUUCGGUGAAUGUGCUUAUGAAACUGGUGGGGUUCGAUACCUCCAACAAGGUUAAGAACCACUGUCCUAGACCUUGGCCGCCAGAUUCCAAGGAGAGGUCAGAGUUUGAAAUCCUUCCGUUGUUAGUCGCAGCGAAACACGACCAAAGCGUUGUUCAGCUACAAG